AUGUCAACCACUACAGCACCCGCUUCAAUGAAGAUCACCAAACGGCCCUCGUCGCAACGCGGUCAUGCCGACCACGACUGGCUAUACUCAUACCACUCCUUCUCUUUCGCCUCGUACUACGACCCGCGUCACGAGAGCUGGGGACCGCUUAGAGUGAUCAACGAGGACCGCGUAAAGCCUGGUACUGGAUUCGGCACGCAUAGUCACGCAGAGUUUCUCAUUUUCAGCUACAUCGUCAAUGGCACCCUCGAACACAAAGACAGCAUGGGCAACCUCGAGAACCUCAAGCGCGGAGAAGUACAAUUCACAAGCGCUGGAACAGGCAUUCGCCACUCCGAAUACAACAGGAACAAGGACGAUGAAGUGCACUUCCUUCAAAUCUGGGCGAAGCCGAAUAAGAGGGGGUUGAAGCCGCAUUACGAGACGAAGAAGUUUACUGACGAGGAGAAAACGGAUAAGCUGGUUAGGAUCAUGGAGUACACCGACCGCUUAGGAGACAGCAAGGGCGCUAUUGGUCUACAAGCUGACCUCAGCAUGGACGCUUCCAUCCUAUCGCCUGGCAAGAGUGUGACCCAUGACCUUGUUGCUGAAGGCCCUCGUAAACUCUUCGCUCAUAUGGUCAUGGGCAAAAGGACACAACCUAAGGAGGGCGGAGCGAAGAUCAAGAUUGGAGAGACGGUGCUAGCAGAGGGCGAUGGCGCAUAUAUUGAUGGUGUCAGUGGUCCGGGCAGGAUUGGUAUCGAAAGUGUGGGUGACAAGCCCGCAGAGUUUCUAUUGUUUGACAUGGGGCCUGGAGAUACAUAG